CUCGUCACUCUGGCCCCGAGCUGACUUUUGCCCUCGGACCUCGGACACCUUCUCUUUGAGUCUCUCUGCUUGGUCCCCUUUCAUCCCCGCUCCCCUCACCCCCAGCCCAAAUUCGCCGACCCACCGCUCCCAAAUCCCAUCCAAAUUCCUCCGCAUCUUCCAAAGAUCGGAUUUUGCGAGGGGCUCCGCCCUCAGAUCGGGGAGUAAUCCCCGUUCCGUCUGGUGGGUAGGCCUCCGCCGCCCGUUUCUUGCCUCCUUUCCCCCCUCUCAAGGGCGGUUCCUGGAUGGGCUGCCUGCCGUGCUUCGGGUCGGCCGGCGAGGGGGCAGCCAAGAAAGGCGGCGCGCGCAAGGACGGCUCGUCGGAUCGCCGCGUCGCCCGGGUCGAAUCAGAUAAAUCAAAUCCACAGGGUGGAUCUGACUCUAAGAAGGAUGCAGUCAUCCUGAGGGAGGGGAACAAUCAGCAUAUUGCAGCACACACUUUCACUUUUCGUGAGCUUGCUGCUGCCACUAAGAACUUCAGACAAGAUUGUUUAUUGGGUGAGGGAGGUUUUGGCCGUGUUUAUAAAGGACGUUUGGAGAAUGGGCAGGCUGUUGCAGUAAAGCAACUUGAUCGCAAUGGACUUCAAGGAAAUAGGGAGUUUCUGGUUGAGGUUCUAAUGCUUAGUCUAUUGCACCAUGACAACCUAGUCAACCUAAUUGGAUACUGUGCUGAUGGGGACCAACGUCUUCUUGUAUACGAGUUUAUGCCAUUGGGAUCACUUGAGGAUCAUUUGCACUAUAUUCCACCUGAUAAGGAACCUCUUGACUGGAAUACACGGAUGAAAAUAGCUGCUGGUGCCGCCAAGGGCUUAGAAUACUUGCAUGACAAGGCAAGUCCUCCUGUUAUUUACCGGGAUUUCAAGUCAUCAAACAUUCUACUUGGUGAAGGGUAUCAUCCAAAGCUAUCGGACUUUGGCCUUGCAAAACUUGGCCCUGUUGGUGACAAGACUCAUGUUUCAACACGUGUUAUGGGUACUUAUGGCUACUGUGCCCCAGAAUAUGCAAUGACAGGGCAGCUUACGGUUAAAUCUGAUGUAUAUAGUUUUGGUGUUGUGUUCCUUGAACUGAUUACUGGCCGCAAAGCAAUUGACAACACCAAACCUCAUGGAGAGCAAAACCUAGUUGCAUGGGCUCGUCCUCUAUUCAAGGACCGCAGAAAAUUUCCUAAAAUGGCCGAUCCGUUACUUCAGGGCCGCUUCCCCAUGAGGGGUCUGUAUCAGGCUUUAGCCGUUGCUGCAAUGUGUUUGCAAGAGCAAGCUGCUACUCGACCCUUUAUAGGAGAUGUAGUCACCGCUCUCUCAUACCUAGCUUCUCAGACAUACGAUCCAAAUGCCCCUGUUCAACAUAAUCGGAGUAAUUCAUCUACUCCGAUGGUCAACCGAAGUGGUGGGAGCAGUGACCAACGCCGUCUCCGUUCACCAAAUCACCAUUCUCCAGAUUUGAGGAGAAGAGAAGCCACCACAGCAUCAAAAUAUGAAGCUGAGGUUAGCAGGACAAAUUCUGGCAGUGGUUCUGGUUGUCGGUCUGGCUUGGAUGAUGUGGAUAUGACAGGCAGCGUGCUGUUGCAGAGCCCAAAACAUGGGGGGAGAAUUGAAGAGAGAGAAAGUGACCAAAUUCUCAGGGCAGCUUUUAAAGUAUGAAUGAGUAAAACCCUGAAGCAAAAGGUUCAAUGCACUCAUCAUUCUGAAAAAAAAGAUGAGUUGCUUGCCAGCACCAAACAGGACGAUUUAGGAACAUGGCGUUGGUUCCAUCUUGGUCCCGUGGUCUAUGUGAAUAGAGCUUUCCUUUUUUUUUUUCCCUUUCCUGGCUAUCACCACUGCUUCGUAGCUUGUUUUCCAUUCAAAUAUCACCCACCACCACAGCCACCAUCAAAACGCCCAUCCCUGGCGUCCAUUCCUCGUGAAUGCAAUCGUCAUGCAGAUAUGGACUUAUCAUCAUGGCGAAGAACAACAUUUGGCUGAAAAUGUAGAGAACAAAGGCAAAAUCUGCUCUGAGGAGCACAUGAUCUCAUCCAGUGGGUAUCUUCCGUUGCUGUUGAAUGAUGGGUGUCAGUGGCCGCACCAUUGUUGGAGUGUAGAGCUUAUGUCAAGUCCGAGUACCGAGGGUCGAGGGAUGUGAUGUUCUCUUCCUGAAGGGUUUGUACCUGGGGUUACAGCAGUCCACCUGUGUUUGAUACAUCCGUCUUGUGACAUUUUUGUGUGGUGUUGUCAGAACACAUCCUUUAUGUUAUCUCUACCAGCAAACUUUUGUGUCC